UUUUUUUGUUGUGAUACCUGAUUUCUAAGGUUGUCGAGCGUCGAGGAUUUCUGGAGUGUCCAGAAAAAACAAAUGGAAACACAAAAUCACUUGGACGUCAAAGAAUUUGAAGUAACCCAGAUCACCCAUGAACUUACGAUUAAACGUGAGAAUGGGGCAACUUUUAAGAUACAAAAAAUGAAGAUGGAAAAUGACAACCAAAUAACUCAUGAACUUACAUUUAAAAGUGAAAAUGGGGAAGUUUCUGGGAUAAAAGAAGAAAAAAUAGACGCAGAGAAUGACUUUAAUAGAGAAUUUGGAGCUCCUCAAAUCGCCCAAGUAUUUAUUAAAGAUGAGUUUGCCCAAAGUAUUGAUACAGCUGCAGCAAACACUGUUUUGGAUAGAUUCUACGACGCACAUAAUACAAAAGCAAAUGAUGAUCAUGCUCUCAUGAGGUUUGCUGGUGAGGAAGUUCUCAAAGGGCAAGAUAAAAAUAAGAAUGAUGUACAAAGGUUCACAAAUAAAAACACAGAAAUUAUUUUGAACAGCACAACAAAUGGCAAUUGUUUCACUAACCCUUGGAUAAAAUGUGAAGCUGUUGAAGAUUUGAAGUUGGACAAUGAUUUCUGUGGAAUUACAGAAAUCACUGAGGAGUAUGAAAUUAAAAAUGAAGAUGAUCAUAUUAUAAAACAUCCUAGUACAACGGGAAGCCAUUUGUGUAGUCACUGUAAUGUGACAUUCAGAAAAAAGAGAUCUUUGGAUGAUCAUAUUAUCAAGCAACAUCCUGACAAGAUUGCUGAGGUUUCUUGCAAAAUACACACAUGUACACAUUGUGAAUAUAGGACUACCAGGAAUGAUCAUUUAGCGCAUCAUAUGCUGAAACACCCUGGGGCAGAUGGUGGCUAUAAGCUUAAAAAGUGUGUUCACUGUAAUAGGGCAUUCAGAUGGAAGGCAACUUUAGAUGAUCAUAUAAUCAAGAAACAUCCUAAUUAUACCUCGUUAGUUUCCAGUAAAAUACAUGAAUGUAAAUAUUGUGUAUUUAAAACCACUUUAAAGAAUUGUUUAACUAAACAUAUGGAGAAGCAUUUAGGGGCAGAAGCUGUCUACAAACUUAAUAGGUGUAACACAACAUCUGCAUCAAAGAAAGAUUUAGAUGAUCAUAUCAUAAACCACAAGCACUACAUCUGUAUUUACUGUAAUGCGAUAUUUAGAAGAACAAGAAGUUUAGAUGAUCAUAUUAUCAGGAAACAUCCUGACUGUAUUGCUGACAUUUCUAGUAAUAUAUAUGCAUGUGCACAUUGUAAAUAUAGGACUACUGUUAGAGAAAGUUUAGUUCGACAUAUGCUGAAACAUCCUGGGGCAGGAGGUGACUAUAAGCCUAAUAAAUGUGUCCACUGCAAGGGGAAAUUCAGACAUAAAACAACUCUAGAUAAUCAUAUAAUUAAGAAACAUCCAGAUGUCCAUAAAGAAAUGUUGGAACCGGAUCAUAACUUGGGCGGUAAAGAAUUAGAAGACCCAUAA